AAUUUAAAUGGAUUCAAAUAAUUGUUGAAAUUGUCUUCAAUACAAUUAUGGAAUACAGGUCAAAUUUAAAUAGAAAUUGAACGAUUGCUUUCAAUAACCUUAUACCACACAAAUCUACACAGAAGUCCCUCACAGUUGGGUAGAUUUUAACAAGCUGCCCAGUGGAUAUUUUCAAAUUAAAGGAUAUACAAAUAUUGUUAAUGCGGCCUAGAAUACUACCUACAUUUAACUGUCAGAAAAAUACUCGUCCAUUUGUACAUGGAACUUUGAGUCAUGGAUAAUAACGUUCAUUACAGUACUGCUAAUGGCGACACAGAAAACAGUUUUUAUGUAGAUACAGGAUUUGCAUAUUUUGAAAAAGAGGUUAACGGUAACAUGUCCGAUAGCAGUCACCUAGACUUUGAAGCUGAGACAUCGCCAAUACAAAACGGCGAUAUCGAUCAUUUGGAACUCAAUGGUGAACAGACAGAAUCGGUAAAGCGCAUGACAGUCGAUUCUACUGAUCCAAUGUCACCAUACGAAAGAAUUAUUUCUGAACCAGUGCCAUUAGAUAGAGUCAUGACACAAGACAUUGUAGAAAAGAGAAUAAUUAAACAGGCACCGGCAGAGCGGAUCGUUACACGACCGGUUGAGUAUGUCCGGGAAAGACCGGUUGAGUAUGUCCGGGAAAGACCCGUUGAGUAUGUCCGGGAAAGACCCGUUGAGUAUGUAAGAGAGAGACCUGUUCAGUAUGUCACAAAAAGGCCCGUUGAAGUUAUGAGAGAACAACGAGUUGAAGUAGUUCCACAACAAAUCCAAAGAGUUAUCCGACCUGCACCGACCGUUAGAAGAGUGGUGCAACAACCAGUUGAGAGAGUCAUGCAGACGCAACAAGUUCGAGUAAUAAGAAGACCGGCACCAGUUGAACGAGUUGUUCAAAGAGUAGUCGAACCUGCACCAGUUGAACGAGUUGUUCAAAGAGUAGUCGAACCUGCACCAGUCGAGAGAUAUGUUCAAAGAGUAGUCGAACCUGCACCAGUCGAGAGAUAUGUUCAAAGAGUAGUCGAACCUGCACCAGUCCAAAGGCUAAUCACAAGAUCUAGACCAACUGAGAGGAUUGUUACUGCCCCAGUAGAAAGAGUUGUGACGCGGGCACGGUCUGUGGGCAGAGUAGUACGAUCUGAAGAGAGAAGAUAUACCACAGCAAGACCUGUAGAAUCCGUUAUAACUUCAUCAAGACCAGUAGAAACUGUUGUGACCAGAACGAGGCCAGCCGCAUCAAUCGUUACUACACCAAGAUCUGUAGAGACAUACGUAACCAGACCGGCGGCAAGCUCUACUAUUGUCAGAAUGUCACGAGAGAGACCGGGUUCCGCUAGAACUGUACGGUCUAGUAUUUACUCGACUCGUUCAUCAUAUGGCGAUGUGGUUUUUUAGUGAAUAAUUUUGAAAUAGGAUUUAGAUAUAAAAGAUAAAAUUUCGGAUUAGUGAAUAUUGGUUGAAUGGAAUAUUGCUUGCUCAAUCAUCUGUAUAUUAUUACGCUGCGGAUUUAUAAAUGUGUGUAUGUGAUGUGGUGUAAUUAAUAUUUAUAAAUGCCAUCAAUAUCCUUAAAGUAUUUAGCAAGGAAAGUGGACACUGUAGUUAAUUAUAUAUAGAUAUUUAGAAUAUUUAGAGUUUAACAAAUUGCCGUUGGAGCAGAGUUUUGUCUUGUUGAAACCGGAAAUGACUAGUUCUACUUAUUUCAAAAGAACGAAAGGUUUUCGGACUUUAUACAUGACAUGCGGAUAUUUCAGAUGUGCUCAGCGUAUCAAUAUUUUAUUAUAUUACAGACUAAUAAUACUCGUACAUUUAUACUGUAACAUACAUUAUAGUUAUCCUGUUAUGGUAAUAUUAAAGUUUAUCACAUUGUUA